AUGGAAAAAUAUGAUAAAACACGACUUGACAAACAAGCCAUUAUUGCUCAAACAAUUGAGAAUGGAACUCAAUUGCCUGCUCAUGCAAAAGAAGGGUUUGAUGUUGCAAUGACUAGAAUGGAUGCUGAAGAUGAUGCAACAAGACAAGUUUCAACAUACGAUAGUGAAUAUGCAAUGGCAGGAGUUAAAGAUCCAAAUGUUUUUAUUACAACAUCAAAAGACCCAUCAAGCAAAUUAAAAGAAUUUGUUAAAGAAAUUAAGUUAAUUAUUCCAAAUUCAACAAGAAUUAACAGAGGUAAUAUUCAAAUUAAACAAUUAGUUGAAACAUGUAGAAGUCAUGAUGUAACUGAUUUGAUUAUUGUUCAUGAAAAUAGAGGAGAACCAGAUGGAAUGAUUAUUUCACAUUUUCCAUAUGGACCAACAGCAUAUUUUGGGUUAUAUAAUGUUGUUUCUAGACAUGAAACAAAAACAUCUAAAACAUUUAGUGAAAAUGACUCUUCUUAUGAUGAAGUUGAAGAUACUUUUAUUGAUAAUGGUAUGAAAUCUGGUGUCACUGAAGUAACAACUUGUCUCAGUCAGAGUCAUUCACAAUGGAAUAUUAUUCAACCACCAAAACAAUUUAAUACAAAUCCACUCCAAUGUGUAGAACAUCAAAAAACACUUGAUUACCCAACACUAGAACAAUGUGUUCAAUCAGUGAUUCUUAAUUCUAACACAAAAACUAUUUCAUUUGAAACAAUAUACAACCAAACACUUCUUCAAUUAUCAUCUAAAUUACAUCCAGAAGCUACUAUUCAUUAUGUUUUUGUAGUGACAUUGAUAUUAGCAAAUAAGAAACAGUAUCAUCUCUUAAACCCAUCAAUAAAUCAAUUAUCAGUGAAAAUCAUUGACUAA